AAAUGUCGUCUGUGAAGCAGACAUUUAUUUCUUUUCUUAUCUUUUAAUUUUUCCUUUUCCACUUUAUAUCUUCGCCACGACAAUUUAUGUCGUCCUUGUGGCAGUGCGUACACCAUACACAUGUACAGUUUGGGAGCCUUUUAACUUUAUCUCCUGGAAACCCAACAGGAUUUCGCAAAGGACUUUACACGGCGCGCGUAAUGGGAAUUGCGCGACUUUCGCUCUGCUUGGCACAGAAGUGAUAGAUGUCAUGUUUCAAACGGACGAAGCAGCAUUUGUUCAAGCUUUUUAUGUGAUCUGGAGUUUUGUUUCUAGUGCGCAGCUGGGUGCCUGUUUUGAUCGUGGGCGAUCGGACCAGAUCUCUUAUCCAGAUAUUUAAAAUGAGCGAGCAGGUAGGCGCUCCGGGUAUUGCGAAAGGACACCUACACAGUGCGUCUUGGUGUUAAUGGAUAUAGACUCCUGCUGGGAUCAAACCUACAACCCUUCAGUCGUUCACCGUCUCUCCAGUCAGUAGAUUUUCGAGUCAGCCUGAGUUCUUCUAAAACAACCUGUAUGACAAUUACAGUAUGGAUUAUUGGACAGUCCACCUCUUGAAAAUCCAUUUAACAACUUUUCUGGGGGGAUUUAUUUAAGGAGGUCCAAACCGUGAUACCAACCAAUGUUUCCCACUAUGACUGCCAUCUUUACAUAUUCUCAUAUAAUCGGAGGCAUCGUGUGAUUUUUGAUACGUUUUUUAUUUAGAUUUCAGACUAUCCGUACACUUUAAAGAGUUGUAGCCUAAAUCUCGUCGGCUCUCAUGGGACUGAGGCAUUCGUCGCGUUGUUUGCUGCUACGGCGGAAGAUGGCGGAGGCGGACAGCUCGGAGCGGCAGCAGCCUGUUACAUCCCCUCUGUCUCAGUCUGCUCAGCCCUCCCCACUGCCCAAACCAGUGCCUACUACCCACCAUGUGCCCUGUGUCCCCCAUACACCUCAUGUAGCAGCUCUGGCCACCUGUGCUGGUAGAGGCAAAAUUGCCAAGUUCAUCAGCCCAGAGGAAAUGACAUCACGGGACUACUACUUUGACUCCUAUGCCCACUUUGGCAUCCAUGAGGAGAUGUUAAAAGAUGAGGUUCGGACGCUCACCUACAGGAACGCCAUGUACCACAACAAGCAUGUGUUUAAGGAUAAGAUCGUCUUGGAUGUUGGCAGUGGCACAGGGAUCCUUUCAAUGUUUGCUGCCAAUGCUGGUGCCAAACAUGUGUAUGGGAUUGAAUGCUCAAGUAUAUCAGAAUAUUCAGAGAAGAUAAUCAAGUCAAAUCACCUGCACAAUGUCAUUACCAUCUUCAAGGGCAAGGUGGAAGAGGUGGAGCUGCCUGUGGAGAAGGUGGACAUUAUCAUCUCAGAGUGGAUGGGCUAUUGCCUCUUCUAUGAGUCCAUGCUCAACACCGUUAUCUUUGCCAGGGACAAGUGGCUGAAACCUGGAGGCUUGAUGUUCCCUGACAGAGCAGCUCUGUAUGUGGUAGCUAUCGAGGACAGGCAAUACAAGGACUUCAAGAUUCAUUGGUGGGAAAAUGUAUAUGGAUUCGACAUGAGCUGCAUUCGCAAUGUAGCCAUCAAAGAACCUUUGGUGGAUGUGGUAGAUCCGAAGCAGGUGGUGACUAAUUCUUGCCUUUUAAAGGAAGUGGACAUCUACACUGUGAAGCCAGAGGACCUAUCUUUCACCUCAGCCUUCUGCCUGCAGGUCCAGCGUAACGAUUAUAUCCAUGCCUUGGUGACCUAUUUCAACAUUGAGUUCACCAAGUGUCAUAAGAAGACUGGCUUCUCCACUGCUCCAGAUGCUCCCAGUACACACUGGAAGCAGACGGUGUUUUACUUAGAGGACUAUUUGACUGUCAAGAAGGGAGAGGAGAUCUUUGGCAGUAUAGCUGUCAGGCCCAAUGAGAAGAAUGUGCGUGACCUGGAGUUUACCCUUGAACUCGACUUUAAAGGGCAACUAUGUGAAGCUGCAAUUUCCCAUGACUACAAAAUGCGUUAGUGACAAAGAUGACACAGUGCGGACCUUCCCUCAGCCCCUCUGGACACACCUGAAGAGGGGGAGGGCACAGGCUCUCCAACAAGAAUUCCAGGUAGCCAGCGUGGGUGAUCAGAGGCAUUGCACUGGAUGCCUCCUUGCCAGCACCUGAAUGAUGACAUAGAGUAUCUAUCAGCAAUAGUGCCAUCUCCUGUACCAACUUGAUUGACUGGGGCACAUCGUUGAAUGUAACAUCCUAAAUGAACUUGAUUUUUUUUUUUUCACUAGUUUCAUGAAAUGUUAUUUUGAGUAACAAGAACAGCAUUUCAGAGUAUUUCUAUUGUCCGUGCAGCUAACUGAAGCUUUGGUCAGUGUGUUGUUGAGAUGGUUACAGCACAGUCAUUAACUGUCUUUCCUUCAGCCAUUUGUUAAGAUUUGGUGUGUGCUGUAUAAUUGUGUUGAGAGUGCAGUAAUAACUGUGUUUUAUUUUAUUAUUAUUUGCAUGUGAACGUUUUAUGCCUCACAGAGAGAUGUGACAUGUAAUUUUAUUUAUGUGUUUAAUUGAAGAUGAUGAAGAACAACUGGUGCCAGAAUAAAACAGAACAAUGCCUCAGAACAGUAACAAAUACAAUGCAAUAUGU